AAAGGCAGGAAAAAAAAGCAAAAACUGCAAGUAUGUUGAGUCCGUCUGAUUCGAAUAUGAUGGUUGUGAGGGAACAGACACCGUCGGAAGCGCUUGCAAUAGUCCCGAUUCAGGUUUUUGUGCCGGCAUCCCAAACAACCACUGAGACAGAUUUUGAACCAACCCCUAUGCUACAGAUUGAAGGGACUACAGAAACCACUCCUGAAACCCCCAAACAACUUCAAGAGACCACACCCACGGUUCCCCCAGCUCCAACUAAAAUUCAUCCAGACGCAGAAGACGCUGCUACCCUGUUGAUGAUGGCACGGGCAGCAUCCUAUGUUCCUAAAACAGAUCCAGGGGUGCCAUCAUUCAGCCUUGGAUUGACUGAUUCAAGCCAGGAGGGGGCGUCAACGCAGGAGACAGAAAGGGAAAAAUCUCCAGAAGCUGCGAAUUUGAUAGAACAAUUGGACAGUUUGGUCCAAAGAAUAGCAAGCAGCGCGGCGAAGGGAAAAAACACAAGUCCACAAAUUCAGAGGGAGACUGGGGGAGAAAGUUCUGCAAAGUUUGAAACUCCUGGGGGAAUGAAUCAAAUUCCAGAUGAUAUGAAACAAAAGUGCUACAUCUGGGGGAUGAGACUGAAGGAAGAUGCAGAUGGCAAUACUAACGAGUAUGAGGAAAUGUGCACUCUGAUUGGCCAAGGAGAAUACAUUUUGAUGAGAAUGCACCUUGCCUCCCUACAGGCAAAAAGUGGUAUAGAAUCUCAGGUAAUAUUAGAAUAACAUUAAUCUUUUUACACCAAAGUCAAUUACAAUGCUUAUUAAUGUAAAAUUGAUUUUGGCAUAUAUUUCUAGAUUGUAUCUGCCAUCUGCCUCAUUCUCAACAACAAAAAUGAAAAGAGGUUUAAAGAACAAAUAUACUGUCUCCCCCCCGAUAUUGUGUGCAUGGCACUUUCGGAUCACCCAAACGGGAAAUUCGUAUCACC